AUGACCAUCAAGCAGGACUACAAGGCUAUUGCUCAAGGAAAGCGGGAGCAACGAGAUAGCCUGAUUCCAUCAGAAUGGCGAAUCGAAUCACCAUCAAAAGCGGUCCAGAACGUGCUGGACCUUCCAGCGAAGUGCGGCCUAUUAAGCAGCAAGGAGUUGACGAUCACUUCGGACCAUGAUGCUGUCGACCUACUGGAGAAUAUCAGGACGAAGAAGUAUUCAGCAGAGGAAGUCACUCGGGCUUUCUGCAAACGAGCAGCUAUAGCGCAGCAGCUGACCAACUGCUUGACCGAGAUAUUCUUUGACGAGGCCAUUGAACGUGCAAAGAUUCUCGACCGAGAACAAGCUGCUAACCCAAACCUGCCAUUGAGACCCUUGCAUGGACUGCCCAUCUCUAUCAAGGACUCAUUCAGGGUACCUGGUGUGGACUCGACGACCGGCCUGAUUUGCUGGGCAAAUGAACCCGAUACUUUGUACUCAUCCUUGCCUAGGCUUCUUCUUGACCUUGGAGCUGUGUUAUAUUGCAAGACCAAUGUUCCACAGACUAUGAUGACAGCGGACUCUGACAACAACGUAUUCGGCCGCACUCUCAACCCAAACAACUUGACUCUGACCGCGGGCGGAUCGUCAGGCGGCGAAGGAGCUUUGAUCGCACUCAGAGGCAGUCUUCUUGGAGUGGGCACGGACAUCGCUGGCAGCAUUCGAAUUCCAAGCAUUUGCAAUGGCAUUUACGGCUUCAGGCCCAGCGCAAGCAUUGUACCUUACGGCGGCCAACGUUCACCAGCACCAGCAGGAAUACCGGGCAUCUCCCCAGUGGCAGGACCUAUGGUAACAUCCCUUCGUUCCUGCACGUAUUUCAUGAAGACCAUCAUGGAGGCGCAGCCGUGGCGCUAUGAUCCAGCAUGUCUGCAUCGACCGUGGACAGGGCAGCUUGCCGCUCAAAAGCUUCGUAUUGGUGUGGUGUCUCGCGAUGGUCUUUUCACACCGUGGCCACCAGUCAGACGCAACAUCGCGGAGUCAGCUCGCAAGUUGGGAGAUGCCGGAGUCGAAAUUGUUAAUCUUUCGCUGCCAGAUGUGGGAGAGGCGGUCGACACAAUCAUGCGAAUGUUCUCACUCGAUGGUAGCAAGUUCAUACAAAAUUUACUCGCAUCCGGUGGCGAGCCUGAAGUGCGUUCUGUGCGCAACAUCAACCUUGCAGGUAUCCCAAGCGCAAACCUGGAAGACUACUUCAAGCUCAACGCGGCAAGAUCGCGGAUACAACAGGUGUAUCACAACCUCUGGCUUGAUAACAGAUUAGACGCCAUUGUGCUACCGCCUGCGCCUACAACAGCAACCCCCUUGGACCAAUGGGGUCCCAUCUCAUACACUGCGCUUUGGAACUUAUUGGACUACCCAGCCGUUAUCAUCCCUACUGGAAAGGUGCAACCUGUUGACGAGGCAGACUCUGUGGAGCAUGCGAUUCAUGGUGAACGUGAUCGACGUAACUACCAGUUGUAUACAGGACCAACCGAAUUUGCCAACGCACCGCUCGCUGUGCAAGUAGUCGGGAUGAAACAAGAAGACGAAGAAUUGACACAGGUGGCAGCUGUGAUUGACAAGAUCCUGAACUCGACAUAG